UUGGGGGGGGGAAAGCUGUUGUGUGGAACUGCCAUUUUGUUAGAACGAUUGAAUCCCGAAAACGUCUGGAGGAAACGUCUGUAUGUCAACGAAUAACAGCGGAACGUUUUAGCCGGUUUCUUUUGAAUAAAAUCCAAGCAAAAUGCUCUCCGCAGCCCAGUUACUCGAUGAGUUAAUGGGCCGAGACAGAAACCUGGCCCCUGAUGAAAAGCGCUGUAAUGUUCGCUGGGACCACGAGACUGUCUGCAAAUAUUAUCUGUGUGGCUUUUGCCCAGCUGAACUGUUCACCAACACUCGCUCUGAUUUGGGUCCUUGUGAAAAGAUCCAUGAUGAAAACUUGCGAAAAAUGUAUGAGAAGAGCUCACGGUUCAUGAAGGAAGGCUACGAGAGAGACUUCCUAAGGUACCUGCAGAGUUUGUUGGCUGAGGUGGAGCGCCGGAUCCGGAGAGGCCAUGCCAGACUGGCAUUGUCACAGGCCCAGCAGAACUCUGGAGGUCCUACCCUGACUGGGAAGAAUGAGGAGAAGGCUCAGGUGCUCACAGAGAAGAUCGAGGCGCUUGUUGUCCAGAUUGAAGAGCUUGGCUCAGAAGGCCGUGUAGAGGAAGCUCAGGGCAUGAUGAAGCUGGUGGAACAGCUGAAAGAGGAGCGAGAGCAGCUCAGCUCAACACCAUCUACAAUCGAGAGCUUCGCUGCUCAGGAAAAGCAGAUGGAAGUGUGUGAGGUGUGCGGUGCUUUCCUCAUCGUUGGUGAUGCUCAGUCCAGAGUAGAUGACCAUCUAAUGGGCAAACAGCAUAUGGGCUAUGCUAAAAUCAAAUCUACUGUGGAGGAAUUAAAGGAAAAACUGCGUCGGCGCUCAGAGGACCCAGAAAGAGACGACCGGGCGAAGAGGGAAAGAGAGAGGGAAGACCGGGAGCGUGAAAGGGAGGAGCGUGAGAAGAGACGCAAGGAGGAAGAGGAGUUGCGAGAGAAGGAGAGGGAGAAAGAGCGAGAGAGGGAGCGUGAGCGGGAACGCGAGAGGGAGAGAGAGCGCGAGCGGGAGAGAGAACGGGAACGUGAAAGGCGCAGCAAACGGAGCCACUCGCACAGCCGGCACUCGAGUCGGGCAUCUGACCGCCGCAGGAGCCGAUCACGCGACAGGAGGAGGAGCAGAAGCAAGGACAGGGAGAGGGACAGGAAGCGCAGCAGGAGUCGCGAUCGGGAGAGGAGGCGCAGCAGGGAGCGAUCGGACAGGAAGAGACGUUCACGCAGCAGGGAACGAAAGAGGUCCCGCAGCUCUGAGCGCAAGAGCCACCGACACCGCAGCCGUAGUAGAGACCGAGAAAGGGACAGAGACAAAGACAGAGAGAAGGAUAAAACUGCCAGAGACAAAGAGCACAAGGACACAGAAGAGAAAAAAGGCAGUGGAAAGGGCUCAAGUGAUGAACGGCCCAGCGAGCCCUCAAAGUCCGAGCCCAUGGAGGUAGAGCCUCCUAAAGCAGAGCUGAACGGCACCACUGAAGACCUCCAUUCUGAAGGUGACACUCAGUCCAAUUAAAACUGAUCUGAUAGGACCUCAGAUCAGCUCCAGUGCAUCGUAAGUAUGCACUGAAGAUGGAACUAGAGGCUGAAACAGAAGAAGGUAGAAUGAAACAUACCCAGAGGGAAAAGCCAGUGUAGUCCUGAAAAACAUGCCUGGAGGUACCUUGUUUUGUAUCGGUCAUACAUAUGUCUUUUAGACAAGUUCUCUUCCAAAUUUACGUUUUUUUUCCCUCCUCUACCUGUACUACCUCACCUGUUAACUCCUUGCUCACAGUAAGAGUAUACUGUGGUAUUUCAUUAAUUCGUUCACUGAACAUACAUACAACUAUGUGCCUAUGUAUGCAACAUAUAUAAGCACGCAGCAGUUUUAGCUCUAUCUGUAAUGUCUUUUGAGGUGUUCACAGAAGGAGCUUUUUUUUGAUCCAUGAAAACUGCCGUCAGUGUUGAUUCUGUUCUUCAGUUUGAUGGAUGUGUGCUUCCUUGCCUUGCACUUUAAUGCAGUCUGUUCUUAAAGUCGAGAGCCGAUAGCAUUGGGAUGAUGGAAGUGUAGGGUUAAUGAAUUAUUGCAGCUGACUUCCAUACCUCACACAGCGUUGGUGUUGUGAGCGACCACAUGAAAAGCCAAAUUAAAAAUCAAGGAUACUGUCAAACUGUGCAGGUACUCACCCAAGGUACUCCUUUCUCUACCCACAUCCAUUUGAAUGCUGUUACCUGUGAACGUGUUUCAGAGCUUGAUGUUCUUGGUUUCUUUUGAUAAUUUUUAUUUCUUUCAUUAUUAAAUAUGCUUAAGAUUGUCAGAUUUUGUUCUUUUCUCUUGGUUUUUAAAUCCUAAUCACAUGUGAAAGGAGGAGUAAAAAUGUUGGGAUUUACAGAUGAACCCGGUUGAUAUCCCAGAGUCGAUGUUAUUAGAGCCUAAUCGCCCGUGCCUGCUUUUCAGAUCAAUUAGAUUUUCCUUUCAUGUGUUUUGGGCUUUUUGUUACUUUGGUUUUCUGUUCAAUUGUUGAGUCUGCACUAGUUCCAUAAUACAUUUCAAUCCAAAUUUGAUCUAAGCAACUUGAUAAACAUGUAAUCAGCAGGUCAUCUUUCUUUUUCUUUUUUUUGGCAAUUACAGUAUAGUGCACCUGCUUCCCUAUCCCUUGUUUUCAGUGCAGAGAAUGGUAAUCCAUAUAGACGAGGGGAUAUCAAGCGGGUUAGUCUUCCAGGGCAAAAAAAAAGGAAAAAAAAAAGUCCAUAAAAUUUUCAUGGUUCCAGGGUUUUGUUUGUGUGCUUUCUCCUAAUCCCUUGUUCAAAUGAGGAGUCAAUAAUUUUUGCCAUGUUGGUCAAAGUACAGCAAAGUCCAAAGCAAUUAGUCAGGAAGAAAGUGCGGAAAUACUGAAAUGUCUCUACAUCAGUCAAAAGUGUCUUCACUGUACUGUUCACUGUUUGAUUGGCUAAAAGCUAAAGUGAUAAACUACUGUUUGUCUUUGUAGCUAAUGCUGUAACAAUACAAACGCUAAAGCAAAGUGACCAUGAACAUACAGAAGUUUUUAUUUUUCCUAGUUUUGUGUAUAGUAAAUGACUAUUUUUCUUUGAGCAAAUGGGAUUUCAGCUACUAAUUGACUCUCUUUGACUAUUUGUGCACAUCAGGCUAUGCUGGGACAGCUGGGUGAAGAAGACCUGAAGACCUCCAAAUUUUUGCCAUGCAUACCCCGCUGCUUAAAACAAGGUGAACCAGAUGUAGUGGCCUAAUUAGGAUAAAAUAUAAGGAAAACAUGUACAAAUUGUUCUGUUGCCCUUUUACAGUUGUUUCACAGGACCUUAUUUUACUCCAUUUGUUUUUCUUCAUACUUCACUGUUAUGAGCUUAAAAGCCUUUACUUACGCAAAAAGGGCCAAUAUAAUUUUUGUUAAUAUCCACUCAGUGAACCUGUACCAUGUUUGCUUUGCACAGUUGGGUCUCACUUCAUGUUUUAGAAUUUGAAGACCAGUUUUGGAGAGUAAUGUACAGUGUUUGAAUGGAGACCCUGAAUGGGCUCUCUGUCGCUUAACUUUCUUCCCUUUCUGUAAGCUUAUAUCCCAAAUGUACGAUCAAUUUUAGUUUAGGAAAAACUGGAUUUUCAUUUUGUUUGAUUUUUAAAAAGCUGUAUUUGUCUUCAAUAAAAAGUCCAAAUGAAUUCA